AUGCACUCCGCUAUUGAGGGUCCUGCUUCCAAAGCUAUACCGGAUGAUCUUCUGACAGCCGUUGGAGUUUCAGAUCGUGGAGAACGCGUGGGAAUUGGUAUAACGCAACGGGAGGAAGAUGUCGGCAGGAUGCAUUAUUCGCAUCGGAAACAUCUUUCUCAACGUGAAAUUUCUGUUCGAAGUAACGCAAGAGGUGAGCCUUCCGAUGUCAAAGUUUUAAUUGAGUAG